AGCCUCUGAAUCUGUUUUGUCCCUGCUUUUCCAUGCCUAUGUUACUUUUUGGUUCCCAACAUCCUGAAUGAUUGAUUUGAUUCUAGUUUGAGUUUCGGUUUUCGUUCUCUGCUUUUGUCAUAUUCUAGCAGCCCACGCCUCCUUCUUCUUCUUCUCUUUUGCCAUCUCAUUUUAACUUAAUAGUUAUUACCCCUGCUUUCCUUUGACUUCCUUUCUCCAUUUGCAUUCAAAGCUUCAUUCUAAUUUCAGUUGCAGCUUUCAACUUCUAAGCUUCAUUAGUAUAACAGUUAAGGCUCUAUGGAGGGUUGGACGAAGUCUUUUUAUGUGGUCUCUGUAUUCUUCUAUGCUUUCUUCCUUGGAGCCUUAAAAGGCUUAAUUGUGGGUCCUAUUGCUGGUUUGAUACUGAUCAUAGGAAACGUAGCAGUGAUUCUGGGGUUGUUUCCUGCACAUGUAGCUUGGACUGUCUACACUCUUUUAAAGAUUCAUAUGUUUGACGCAGCCUUGAAAGUUGCGAUUUUGAUUGCUUUGCCUGCGUUGUUUGGCUUAUGGUUGGGUUUAGGCAUAGCUGGAAGCGUUCUUAUUGGGGUAGGAUAUGGAUUUUUCACUCCUUGGGUUUCAACUUUUGAGGCCUUCAGACAUGAUAAUGAAUCCAAGAAAUUCUCGCACUGUGUUGUGGACGGAACGUGGGGAACUAUCAAAGGCAGUUGCACGGUAGUUAGGGACUUUGCUGAUAUAUGUUACCAUUCAUAUCCAAGUUACUUGAAAGAACUACGUGAAUCACCUAGUUCAGAUGAGCGUCAGAGGCUAAGGUUAAUUCAUGUUCCUGGAUGUGUCAUUGUUGGGAUAAUGGGGCUAAUUGUUGAGAUUCCUCUUUUCACUGCAAUUGCUAUAGUAAAGAGCCCCUACCUGUUGUUCAGGGGCUGGUUCAGACUUUUGCAUGAUUUGAUUGGCAGAGAAGGUCCAUUCCUUGAAACAGUUUGUGUCCCCAUUGCUGGUUUGACAAUAUUCGUGUGGCCACUUGUUGUAAUAGCUAGCAUUUUAUUGGCUAUUUUCUCAAGCAUUUUCGUUGGACUUUAUGCAUCUGUUAUAGUAUAUCAGGAAAGAUCUUUCCGGAGAGGUUUAGCUUAUGUGAUUGCAAUGGUUGCUGAGUUUGAUGAGUAUACAAAUGAUUGGCUCUAUCUUCGAGAGGGGACAUUCUUACCAAAGCCCCAGUAUCGAAAGAAAAAGGCUUCUCAAUCAUCAGAGUUUUCCGUUCGAGGAAACAGUGUAGGUGGAAGCAAAUUAAAUGCUUCUACAGAGCCACCUGCAAUGUUUAUGCCAAGCUUAGCUCCUUCAAGAUCAGUUAGAGAGACCAUUCAAGAAGUGAAAAUGGUUCAGAUAUGGGGAAAUAUGAUGAGGUACUGUGAGAUGAGAGGCAAGGAAUUAUUGGAUGCAAAUGUGCUUACAGCAGCUGACCUUUAUGAAUGGUUGAGGGGAAAGAAUCAUAACGAAGCUUCCAUAGUUGGUGUUGGCUUGCCUUGUUUUUCACUUCUACAAACACUUGUCUUCUCCAUCAAAGCCAACUCAAGUGGCGUUUUGCUACUUGAUGACUUUGAGAUAACCUAUUUAAACAGACCAAAGGAUAAGUUGUUGGAUUGGUUCUUCAAUCCUGUAAUGGUUCUUAAGGAACAGAUAAGGGUCAUCAAACUGGGGGAAGGUGAAGUGAGAUACUUGGAAAAAGUUGUUCUCUUUGGAGCCAACAAACAACGCUUUGAGGAUUGGGAUAAUGGUGGUUUAAUGAUUCCUGAUGCUCUUAGAGCUGCUCAAAUUGAGGGAAUUUCCAGAAGGAUGAUUGGAAUGAUAAGAGGUGUAUCAAAGCUACCAACUUACAGAAGGAAGUUUCGUCAGAUUGUUAAAGCUUUAAUUACUCAUUCUCUGGAGAAAGAUGAGACAGAAAGGGCUUUGGUUACUCGUUCUGUGGAUGCAGAUGUUUCUGAAAAGGCUUUAGUUACUCGUUAUCUGGAGAGAGAUCCUUCUGGAAGAUCGACUAGGUCCAUAGUAUCAAUUGCAUCAGAUGAGAAUGUUUGAGACAAACUAAACUAGUUUAGUUCUCUAUUGUCAAUGAAUCAUUGUAAAUUCCUUUGAAUUGUUGAUUGAUUGAUGUAAAAGAGCAUGUUCAGGUUCGUUACAGAUUGAAUUUGAAGACAUUCUCAAAUUAGUUGAGUGCCUAUUUGGCGUUAAUCAAAAUUUUCACUCCUCAUCUCAGGCAAUUUC